UCUAAACAACGCUGGUUUGUUAACUUGGACAGAAGGUUGCCCCAGCUUUGAAGACCAAGGCGCAGUGCUCCGGGCACUUUUUUUUUUCCAUCGUAAGGAGACUUUCCGCGGCAAGCUGCAGAAGAAGUUGCCACGCCAUGAAAGGUUAUUGCCUCUAAGAUGAAGGAGGAGCGGAGAGGGAAUUUUUUUUUUGGACAGGCCGUAGGUCGGGGGUGUCAUUUCAGAAGGGCGCUGCUGAAGGAGUAUGAGGACCAUGACGAGGACUCAGACAGCGACGAAGGGGAGCAGGACCUUCCCGGGCUUUCUAGCCAUGAGUCCAGCUUGUCUCUGAGCACUCCUGGUAACUCCUCGCUGGUGGGGUCCUUCGGCCUCUGCAGUGGUGAAGAUGGAGGCCAACCAAAAGGCAAAGAAGAAGAUAGAGCGGCAAGGACUACUAGGGUCAUGUGGUAUCACCAGCCCGGAGAACGAGGUCAAGAUCCGCAAGCGUUCGGCUAAAAUAGAAACCCGGGCCCGUCCUGACAAGACUCUGAAGAAGAAAUCCCUGAGCCACAAGGGCAAACUGGAUGGAAAUAUCAAGCGAAAAUCCCCUUCCGACAAUGGGACACUGACACCCAGCAAGGGAUUAUUCUGCACCGCAAACCAGGUCCUGAAGAAGGACAAGAAGAGCAAAAACAU